AUGCCUUCAAUACAGCAGACCUACCAACCCGCCACCAUUAAUCCCCCUUUUACAAUUACUGAUCCGUCGAGUAGAACACUAUUCACAAGCUCGAGCGGUCUGCAAAAUGCCAAAGAUCUCCUUGUACGAUACAAGCAAGGGAAAAUCCAGCAGAUGACGCCAGAGCUAUGGACGGCGAAGAAGAUUGUUGACUCGACAUUGCAUCCAGAUACUGGCGAACCUGUCUUUCUGCCCUUUCGCAUGUCUAGCUUUGUGCUGUCAAAUCUGGUCGUCACAGCUGGCAUGCUUACACCAAAUCUAACUACUACUGGCACGGUUGCAUGGCAAUGGGCUAACCAAAGCUUGAACGUGGCCAUCAACAGUGCGAACGCGAACAAGAGCACACCUAUCACGACGGCUCAACUGGUACAAUCUUACUUCUUGGCGGUGGGUGCGAGCUGUACGGUGGCUGUUGGCUUGAACUCCAUCGUACCAAGACUGAGGCGUCUAAGCCCGGCAACAAGGACGACACUCGGCAGGUUGGUACCCUUUGCUGCUGUAGCAAGUGCCGGUGCACUCAAUGUGUUCUUGAUGCGUGGCGAAGAGAUCAGAAGGGGUAUCGACGUCUUUCCGAGCGAGUCUGAGAAGCAGCGAACGAAGCGCGAGAAAGACAACCAACCGCUGGAAUCGCUCGGCAAAUCGAAGAAGGCUGCUACCUUAGCAGUCGGUGAGACUGCGGUGUCUCGUGUACUCAACUCGACGCCCAUUAUGGUCCUACCACCAUUAAUUCUUGUGCGAUUGCAGCGGGGAGAGUGGCUGAAACAGCGGCCGCGGAUGGUGUUACCUGUCAAUCUUGGUCUGAUCUUUGCCACCAGUAUCUUUGCUUUGCCACUUGCAUUAGCCGCUUUCCCACAGCGUCAAGCAGUCAGCGCGAAGGGCCUUGAAGAGGAGUUCUGGGAUAAGGCUGGGCACGGUGGCAACGUCGAGUUCAACAGAGGAAUCUGA